AUGCCCAAGAACAGCCCCAUUGCGUGCUCGGCGAUGGUCACGGCAUUCGCGAAGCACGGCGAUUUCCACCGCGCCAAGGCCCUGUUCGAUGGAGCGCCCGUGCGAGAUCUCGCGAUGUGGAACUCCAUGCUCUCGGGAUUUUCCGAGAGCGGCGAUCUCGCUGGCGGCGAGGCUACGAUUGAGAGAAUGCCGGAGACGAGCGUGAUCUCCUGGACAGCCCUGCUCCACCUCCUUUGCCGCCUCGAUCGCCUGGAGCUCGCCAAGGAUAUCUUCGAUCGGAUGCCCGGCCGCAACGAGCUCGCCUGGACGAUCAUCUUCCAGGCCUGCGCCGUGAGAUCACUUCUCCUCGAUGCUAGAGCUGUGCUCGAUCGAAUGCCCGCGCAGAGCCUCUCGUCGUGGACGGAAUUGAUGUCGCUCUACGCGGAUCACGGCCAGAUCGAGCAGGCCAAGGCCGUGUUCUUCGAUUCCAUGCCCGAUCAAGACGUCGUCUCGUGGACAACGAUGAUCCGGGUGCUAGCGGCGCAUGGAGGCUUCGCUGAGGCGGAGGAGAUCUUUGCCAGGAUGCCGCGGCACGACGCCAUCGCAUGGACCGCGAUUAUAGCUGCAAAUGCCGAGAAGGGGGAUCUGGAGAGGUCGCAAAGGCUGUUCCAUCUGAUGCCGGAGAGGACGAUUGUCACCUGGAACAUCCUCCUCCACGCACAGUCCAGAAUCGGGGAUCCAGACUCUGCGCAACUCGUGUUCGAUCGAAUGCCGCAGCGCGAUCCAGUGUCGUGGAACAUCCUCGUCGCGGGCAUUGCCGCGCGGGGGCGGCCUGAUCGCGCGAACGAGAUUCUCGAGCGCGAUGCCCCGGAGCGAAGCGUGACGCUCCUCAACACGAUGAUUACGGCGCUGGCAGAGCAAGGCCGACCCGACGCCGCGAGGAAGCUCUUCGACUCCAUGGCGGCCAAGAACAUCGUGUCCUGGACGGCCAUCAUCGCCUCGGGCGCGCUCAACGAUCGCCUCGAGAUUUCCAAGCUCGCCUUCCAGAGGAUGCCGCAGACGAACCUCGUCGCGAGGAUCGCGAUGCUCUCGGCCUAUUCCCUCCACGGUGCCAUAGCCGACGCCAAGAAAUCCUUCGACGCGCUAGGCAGCUGGAAUGCCAUAGCCUGGAAUUCGCUGCUCGCCGCGUAUUCCCAGCACGAUCGCCUCGACAAGGCCGAGAGCAUGUUCCAGAGAAUGCCGAACUGGGAUUCUUUCGCCUGGACGACGAUGAUGACCGCCUAUUCCCGUGCCGGGCUGCUCGAUCUGGCACUGGGAGUCUUCGAUUCCAUGCCGGAUCGCGAUAUUAUCACCUGGAACGCAGCGAUCGCCGCGUUUGGCCAGAACGGGCACCCGGUCACCUCGAUCCGCCUCUUCCAGCUCCUCAUCCUCGACGGCGCCGAGCCAAACGACGCCUCCUUCCUGAGCGCGCUCACGGCGUGCAGCCAUGGCGGCCUCCUCGCCCUAGGCCAUUCCAUCUUCCUCUCCAUCGCGGCGGAUCACGGCGCCAUGCCGAGCCGGCAGCACUACAGCUGCGUGAUCGAUCUCCUGGGCCGCGCUGGAAAGCUUGGCAGCGCGCAAGACCUCGUUAAGAACAUGCCAUUCCUCCCAAACUCCAUCGCCUGGGGAUCCAUCCUGGGCGCGCUCAAGCUCCAUUGCCGCCAAGACCAAAGGCGGGAAAUUUUGCCCAAUUUAAACGAGAGAACCGUACAAAUGUUUCAAUCUUAG